CCGGACCGCACCCACCCCACCCCUAUGGGUGAGUGCAAAAACACUUAUCUUAUCCACUUCAAAACGCCAUAGCUGGGUUCAAACAGAUAGCGUGGGAGGCAUAGUAAUGGCUGUUUUACAGUGCUUCACCCCGUCCUCCACAAACCCAUUCUCUUCUUCACCGAAGAAAGCCCUACUUACAGGGUUUUCCAUCGCAUCAUCGAAGCCGUCCGUUCAACUACCAUCGCCUCUCAUCCGGACACAUAGGACGACGAACAUCCGUUUCCAAUGUCAAGCAGCUCUUAUCCCUGCAGAGCAACAGUGGAUGUUCGACGAGACCGGCUUCAAAGGCCCGGAUGUUUGGAAUAAAACAUGGUAUCCAAAGGCUAUUGAUCAUGUGAACACAGAAAAGCCAUGGUAUAUUGUUGAUGCUGCUGAAAAGAAACUGGGAAGAUUGGCUUCGACUAUAGCUAAUUAUAUUCGAGGAAAGAACCUGGCAACAUAUACUCCUAGUGUGGAUAUGGGUGCUUUUGUUGUUGUGGUGAUUGCUCCUUUUCCUUUUACGCCUAUUGAAAUGCAGUCUCAUUAUUUUGGACUAAAAAGAUGUGUACUACUCUGGUUGAGUGUUUUACAAUUCUAUUAUACCUGAACCUCCAACAAGGUCAAUGCUGAAAAAGUAGCAGUAACUGGAAAGAAGAGGACACAGAAGAUUUACAGAAGGCAUUCGGGGAGACCGGGUGGUAUGAAAGAGGAGACCUUUGACCAACUGCAGAAAAGGAUCCCUGAAAGGAUCAUUGAGCAUGCAGUGCGAGGGAUGCUUCCCAAAGGAAGGCUGGGCAGACACUUAUUUAACCAUCUUAAGGUGUAUAAAGGAGCAGAGCAUCCUCACCAGGCACAGAAACCAAUUGAUUUGCCGAUACGUGACAAGAGGAUCAAUAUGUUGACUUAAGAGCGAAUGGAUACUGACAUUGUAUUUUUUAUCUUUUUAACAGCGAAUGAAUGCUGGUUUCUUUGAAUCUGCAAUAGUUUCAGUUGUAAUGCUAUGAAAAACACUGCCUGGUCUGACGGGCAGGUGACUAGUCAUGAUACAGCCGUGUAUCAGUCAGCAUAUCUUUGAGAACAAAAUAUUUAAGUAUGGAAAAGAUAUUAUUUUGAAGUGCAAGUGAGCCAGGGAAUCAAAAGCAUGGGAGGUCAUACUUGUGUUUCUAUGGAGUUUGCUAUGGAGUAUUAUUUUAUAUAUGCAUCCAUUUUAUUAAUUGUAACAUACUCUGUAAUAGAUGAUAAAUAAUAGAGGUCUUACUUGUAUUUCUAGUUUCUACUUGUGAGUUUUACUAGUUAGAUU